AUGGACACACCUCCAUUUCUCAGGGCGCCCCGCACACCAAUAUACAGUGAUCGCUUCAUCCCCAGCAGAGCAACAUCAUCCCGCUUGGAAGGCUACUCGCUGUUGGACAGAGCGGGGGUGGCAGAUGAAACUGCGCAUGUGUCAGAGCGGGAGGAGGCCAGCGGGGCUUACACCCAGCUGCUGCGCACAGAGUUGCUCGGGCUACCCCCCAGCCAGCUGUCCACACCUGACAGACAUGGCAGCACCUCCAAUGGCUUUGUCAGCCCCACCAGCAGUCCUGCAAGGAAGAUCUUUAGGUUCCAGUGCGGAGAUGCAGCAAGCCCAAUAGCUGGAGCGCCAUUACAGUCUCCCUAUGCCACGUCAAACAUGGGCCGCGACACAUCUCUGGGAUCCCCAUUGACGAGCCCAAAACGGGCACAGCGGAAGAUUGCUCGUUCCCCAUUCAAGGUGCUGGAUGCACCGCAGCUGCAAGAUGACUUCUAUCUGAACCUAGUGGACUGGUCAAGCCAGAAUGUGUUGGCUGUGGGCCUGGGCACCUGUGUGUACCUGUGGUCUGCCUGCACCUCAAAGGUGACAAAGCUGUGCGAGUUUCCGGCGGGACCUGGAGGGGACAGCGUGUGCAGCGUGUCGUGGAGCCAACGAGGCACAUACCUGUCUGUGGGCACCAACAGCGGCAUUGUGCAGAUCUGGGACGUGGCAAAAGUGAAGAUGGUGCGGACCAUGGGUGGGCACAGGGGGAGGGUGGGCACCAUGGCGUGGAGCAGCCACCUGCUCAGCAGCGGCUCAAGGGACCGCAACAUCCUGCAGCGUGACAUCCGCGCUCCAGAGGACUUCCAGCACAAGCUCCUGGGGCACCGCUCUGAGGCAAGCCCUCUGCAUGCAACUGGUCUCCCCCUGGUGUGCGGCCUAAAGUGGUCACCAGACGACAGGGAGAUAGCCUCUGGGGGCAACGACAACCAGCUGUACAUCUGGGGCCUGCACUCCACCAGCCCGGUGCUCAAAUUCAGCAGCCACACAGCCGCAGUCAAGGCCAUUGCCUGGUCGCCGCACCAGCAUGGCCUGCUGGCAUCUGGCGGCGGCACUGCUGAUCGCUGCAUCCGUUUCUGGAAUACUGCCACAUCAUCCAGCCUCAACAGCAUAGACACAGGCAGCCAAGUCUGCAAUCUGCUGUGGAGCAAGAACGUGAACGAGAUUGUGAGCACGCAUGGGUACAGCCAGAACCAGAUCGUUGUCUGGAAGUACCCGUCCAUGAGCAAGCUGGCUACACUGACUGGCCACACCCUCAGAGUGCUGUACCUGGCCGUCUCGCCUGAUGGCCAGACAAUCGUUACAGGGGCAGGGGAUGAGACGUUGCGGUUUUGGAAUGUGCUGCCGGGGCCAAAGUCGCAGGGCUCUGGGAAUGACUCAUCUGUCAGCUCCAUGAUGAGGACCCUCAUCAGAUGA